UAUGCUCACUAUUGGCUACUCCCUCUAAGCCCCGCCCUCUUUGAGCCCUUUAAAUCGCCAGCACGGCGGCCCAUAAUCUACCUCUCUCCGUCUGCGCGGGUUCACUGCUGUUUACGUGCCACAAUGGGGAAAGAGAAGAUUCACAUUAACAUCGUGGUCAUUGGCCAUGUCGACUCCGGGAAAUCCACCACUACCGGCCACUUGAUCUAUAAGUGCGGCGGGAUCGAUAAGAGAACCAUCGAGAAGUUCGAGAAAGAAGCGGCAGAGAUGGGUAAAGGUUCCUUUAAAUAUGCCUGGGUACUGGACAAGCUGAAGGCAGAGCGGGAGCGGGGCAUCACCAUUGAUAUCUCACUAUGGAAGUUUGAGACUGGCAAGUUCUACAUAACCAUCAUUGAUGCCCCCGGGCACCGUGACUUCAUCAAGAACAUGAUCACCGGCACUUCUCAGGCGGACUGUGCAGUACUUAUUGUGGCUGCUGGCGUUGGGGAGUUUGAAGCUGGGAUUUCAAAGAACGGACAGACUCGUGAGCAUGCCCUUCUUGCCUUUACGCUGGGAGUCAAGCAGUUAAUCGUUGGCGUGAACAAGAUGGAUUCCACAGAGCCUCCUUACAGUGAGAAAAGGUUUCAAGAAAUAACAAAGGAAGUUAGCACCUACAUUAAGAAGAUUGGUUAUGACCCCAAAACUGUUGCCUUUGUGCCAAUUUCUGGCUGGCAUGGAGACAAUAUGCUGGAACCUAGCAGCAAAAUGCCAUGGUUCAAAGGCUGGAAGAUUGAAAGAAAAGAAGCAAAUGCCAGUGGAAUUACCCUCUUAGAAGGUCUGGACUCAAUUAUUCCCCCCAGCCGUCCAGUAAACAAACCUCUACGCCUUCCCCUGCAAGAUGUGUACAAGAUUGGAGGAAUUGGAACAGUUCCAGUAGGAAGAGUGGAGACUGGACUCUUGAAGCCCGGAAUGGUGGUGACAUUUGCACCUGGAAACUUGACAACAGAAGUAAAGUCUGUGGAAAUGCAUCAUGAAGCUCUACAGGAAGCUUUACCUGGGGACAAUGUUGGCUUUAAUGUUAAGAAUGUAUCUGUUAAGGAUAUCAGGAGAGGCAAUGUUGCUGGUGAUAGCAAGAAUGACCCACCAAUGGAAGCUGGCAGUUUCACAGCUCAGGUAAUCAUCCUCAAUCACCCAGGACAGAUAAAUGCUGGCUAUGCCCCAGUUCUGGACUGUCACACUGCUCAUAUAGCUUGCAAGUUUGCAGAGCUGAAGGAAAAAAUUGACCGUCGAUCAGGCAAGAAACUGGAGGAAAACCCCAAAAGCUUAAAAUCAGGCGAUGCUGCACUUGUUGAGAUGAUUCCUGGAAAACCAAUGUGUGUGGAAACCUUCAAUAAUUAUGCUCCUCUUGGUCGCUUUGCUGUUCGUGACAUGAGGCAGACGGUAGCUGUUGGUGUUAUUAAAGCUGUAGAAAAGAAGGCAGCAAGCAGUGCUAAGGUGACCAAAGCUGCAGUGAAAGCUUUGAAGAAAUGAGGUCUUCCAUUCUGAGAAUAACUUAUUUUUGUGCUGAGAUUGUUUAAUAAAAUGCAAAGU